AUGCUUCUCAGUCGUACCCGAUCGAACGCGGCCGGCCAUGUCACCAUUGAAGAUGAGCAGAAGAAAGACUUGACGACAGGAAAUAUCGGAGAAGAUGGGAGAUUCGAGCUUUGCUUCCAUCAAGAUGCCGGGAGCCUGGCAACAUGGUGUAAGAACCUCCAAGAGACGUCGAAACGAGUGCAGACCGGCCCUUGUUCUACUCCUAUAUGCGGGAGACGCAAGUCGACUGGCGGUUUCUGCCCGCCGCUGAAUAUCGCAAUACACAUCGUCGGUUCUCGCGGCGAUGUUCAGCCAUUUAUUCCAAUUGCCCAAAUACUCUCCAAACCACCGUAUGGACAUCGAGUACGCAUCUGUACGCAUCCUGCUUUCAAAGAAUUCGUAGAGUCCCAAGGCGUCGAGUUCUUCAGCAUUGGCGGCGACCCCGAGGCGCUGAUGUCGUACAUGGUGAGGAAUCCGGGCCUGGUUCCCAGCCGCAAAAGUGUGAGAGCAGGUGACAUUGGAAAGAGAAGGGACGAGAUGUGGGAGAUUAUCAAUCGUGCUUGGCGAAGCUGUAUCGAGGCUGGUGACGGAAUGGGAGAGCCCAUCAGAGCGACAGACGUAGAAAACGUCGACGAUCUCUUUCUUGCAGACGCCAUCAUCGCCAAUCCACCCUCCCUCGCACACAUCCAUUGCGCCGAAAAGCUAGGAAUUCCAUUGCAUAUGGUCUUCACAAUGCCAUUUUCUCCCACUACUGCUUUCCCUCACCCUCUAGCUUCAAUGAAUUACAGCGGCGCGGAUGCAAAAACGGCCAACUAUCUUUCUUUCAUCAUGAUGGAGCUGCUGAUGUGGCAAGGUCUUGGGGAUUUGAUCAACAAAUUCCGCCGCCAGAAACUCGGACUCGAUCCUAUCAGCCUCAUGUGGGGAUUCCAACUUCUGUCCAGGCUCCGUGUGCCGUAUACUUAUCUCUGGCCUGAGUCUCUGAUACCGAAGCCGCCGGACUGGGGCUCACACAUCGAAAUUGCUGGAUAUUCCUUCUUAAAAUUGGCCAGCUCAUACACUCCUCCACCGGAAUUGACUGCUUUCCUAGAAAAGGGGCCCAAGCCAAUCUACAUCGGAUUUGGGUCCAUUGUGGUUGAAGAUCCGGAUGCUCUCUCUGAGAUGCUCUUCGAAGCCGUCAAGAUUGCAGGCGUUCGUGCCAUCAUCAGCAGAGGAUGGAGUCGUGUAGGAGACAGGUGUGAGGUGCCGGAAGAUAUAUACCUGAUCGACAACUGCCCGCACGACUGGCUCUUCCAACGAGUCUCGGCAGUAGUUCAUCACGGAGGUGCUGGUACCACUGCUGCAGGCAUCGCAGCUGGUAGACCUACGGUCAUUGUUCCUUUCUUUGGAGAUCAGCCAUUUUGGGGGCAGAUGAUUGCACGCUCCGGAGCCGGACCGGACCCAGUGCCAUUCAAAGAUUUAACGGCGGAAAUCUUGGCCGAGAGCAUAUCGUUUGCUUUGAUGCCUGAUGUUCAAGAAGCCGCGCAACGGAUGGCGGAAGACAUUGCUGAAGAGAAUGGUGCUGAGGACACGGCCAAAAGUUUUCAAGACCAUCUUGGCUUAGACCAAUUCGAGUGUGAGAUAUGCCCAGGUCGGUUGGCCACGCAUCGCCAUAAGAAGACGGACACUCGCUUGAGUAGCUUUGCCGUUUCUUGCCUUGUUGAUAAGGGCCUCAUACAGCCUCCGGAGCUUGAACUCAUACGCCGCAAGAACUGGUACGUUGAUGAAGGCGCCGAGCAUCCCUUGGUUGGCUUCGCGGCCGCAUUCACCGGCCCCAUGAUGGACGCAGCUACAGCGACUUUCGACUAUUCUCAUGCUCUAAGGUACCGGCCAAAGCACCCCAAAUGGGAGGGUAGAAGACACUCAUUCAUAGAUCCAUGGGGUGGCAAGAUUGCCAAUGGUUCGGUAGCGAGUAACGGAACCUCGCCAAACCGUCGUAUCAAUCCCACCACUUUCAACACAAGAGAGAUGGAGCUAUACGCCCAAAAAGUAGCGAGAAAGUCGUUAAAGACAAAUAACGCUGAUAUCGACACCUUGAUCCGACAGCCGUCCCUAUACGAUAAGCAAAAAGCUGCCUGGCACGCCCGAGAAAAAGGCCGCAAUGGUCACCUCUUCUAUCUCACACGGGCGACUGGUCGGUAUGCCGCUGAGCUCACCAAAGUUGGCCUGAAAGUCCCCGUGGACUUCUUUUACAAUAUUGCAAAUGGAUUUCACAAUUAUCCCUCGUGUGGCUACGCUGGGGUUGAAGUUCGGCGUCGAGACCAGAUUAUUGACCUUGAGACCGGUCUUGUGGCGGCCGGCAAGGAGUUUACGCUUGGGUUAUGGGAGGCGUUUAGCGGAAUCGUUGUUUAUCCCUAUCAAAGUGUCCACGAAGAAGGUGCCAAAGGGAUCGGAAAAGGCGUAUGGCGUGGUUCAAAGGGCUUUUUUUCCAAUCUGGGCGCUUCUGCUUUCGGCCUGCCCGGUUAUACGCUCAAAGGAGUGGAAAAGGAACUGCAAAAACACCAUAUCACCAAGUACAAAGCCGAGAUCAUUCUGAUCAGGCUACGCCAAGGGAUUGAGGCUUUCCACAAGUCCUCUCAGUGUGAGAGGGAUGAGGUCAUUAGACGGUGGAAGGCCCGCAGCUGUCCCCAGAAGCAACCUUGA